UCAAAGUCGCAGGGCGGGCCGAGUGGACUUCCGGUGCUGGCCAGGGGCUUCUCGGCCGUCCUGGAGUCGCUCCCCGCUCCGCCAAGGAAGCCGCCACCCGGCUGCCCGCCAGCUCUCUCGGCGCUCUCCUGAGUGGCCCGACACGACCGCGAGUGACCCGCGGGACGCCUGUGUAUCCCUGGUCCCACCUGGCUGGGAUUCGGGUGAACGUGGAACAGAACUCACUUGGCGGGUCCCCGACUAACCUGUAAGCUGGUGUCUCGCUUGAGCGAGGGACUCGGCUGGGACUCGGGAGAAGGAGGCGCGGCGGGGUUGUUGACGCUGCGUGAGUGGGAUGCUGAUGACACCGCUCGAGUGCUAGACAAUCUCCGAAGCGUUGCCUUAGUUUUGCUUUCCCGCACGGCGAGCUUUGUGUCUUUUUAAGAAAAGUAAAGGUGGUGAAAGCGCCAGACAGAUUGUAUCUAAAUGGCCACAGAAAUCGACUUUCUGCGAGAUCAAAAUCAAAGACUAAAUGAAGUUCUUAGGCGGUAUCAAAUGGAAAAUUUUUUCAAAUAUUCAUCGGUACAGAAAGAUGUCUUCAAAGGAGAUGACACAUUAGAAAACUCAGUAGCUGACCAAAGCUUUUUAGUUCCUCUUAUUACUGAGUAUGAUCGGCAUCUAGAAGAGCUGAAUGGGCAGCUGAAAUAUUAUCAGAAACAGGUGGGUGAGAUGAAACUACAACUUGAAAAUGUCAUCAAGGAAAAUGAAAGGUUGCACAGUGAAUUAAAAGAUGCUGUUGAAAAGCAAUUGGAGGCCCUUCCCUUGGGCACAGAGUUGGGAAAUGAGAUAUAUACAGAUGAUGAAACAGUCAGGAAUCUUCAAGAACAACUACAACUGGCCAAUCAAGAAAAAACUCAGGCGGUAGAACUUUGGCAGAUUGUUUCUCAGGAGUUGGAAAGACUACAGAAACUUUACCAGGAACAUAUGACUGAGGCCCAGAUUCAUGUAGUUGAAAGUCAAAAACAAAAGGAUCAACUGACCAGUUUUCAACAACUAACCAAGCAACUUCAUGUUACUAAUGAGAACAUAGAAAUGACCAAUCAACAUUUUCUGAAAGCAGUAACUGAACAGAAUGUGGAACUAGAGCAACUCCGAAAACAUCUUAGGCAAGCCAAGUUAGAUCUGAGAGUUGCAGCAGCAAAAGUGGAAGAGUUAACUAAAGUAACUGAAGAUCUUCAAGGACAGAUGCAAAAGAAGGAGGAGGAUAUGGUGUCUGCCCAAGGAAGAGAGGAAGCAUCAGAUAGGCGCUUACAGCAGCUACAAUCUAGUAUAAAACAAUUAGAAACAAGAUUAUGUGUGGCAAUCCAAGAAGCUACCCAAUUAAGAGCAGAAAAAACACAUUUGGAAAAACAGACCAGAGAAUUACAAGCAAAGUGCAAUGAAUUAGAAAAUGAGAAAUAUGAAGCUAUUGUAAGAGCCAGAAAUAGCAUGCAACUCCUAGAAGAAGCUAAUCUUCAGAAAAAUCAGGCUCUGCUUGAGGAGAAGCAAAAAGAAGAAGAUAUAGAGAAAAUGAAAGAAACAGUUUCUCGACUUGUGCAAGAUGCUGCCAUAAGAACCAGGAAGGAAGUUGCAAACACAAGAAAACAAUAUAAUGUACAGAUUUCUCGACUAACGGAAGAACUUUCAGCCCUUCAAAUGGAGUGUGCUGAAAAACAAGGUCAAAUUGAACGAGCCAUUAGGGAGAAAAAAGCAGUGGAAGAAGAGCUAGAAAAGAUUUACCAUGAAGGCAGAAUAAAUGAAAAUGAUUACAGAAAACUAGAAGAAAUGCACCAAAGAUGCCUGGUUGCAGAGCGUUCAAAAGAUGAUCUUCAACUAAGACUUAAGACAGCAGAAAAUAAAAUUAAACAACUUGAAAUAAAUUCCUCGGAAGAGAUAUCACGUUGCCAAGAAAUGAUUCAGAAACUUCAAAAUGUAUUGGAGUCUGAGAGAGAGAACUGUGGAUUUGUCAGUGAACAAAGGCUGAAACUUCAGCAGGAAAACGAACAGUUACAGAAGCAGACUGAGGAUUUAAGAAAGACUGCUCUCGAGGCUCAAAAAAAAGCCAAAUUAAAGAUCAGUACAAUGGAGCAUGAAUUUUCAAUAAAAGAACAUGGGUUUGAAGUUCAAUUAAGAGAAAUGGAAGACAGUAAUCGAAACUCCACUGUUGAACUGAGGCAUCUCUUAGCAACUCAACAGAAGGCAGCCAAUAGGUGGAAAGAAGAAACGAAGAAACUCACUGAGAGUGCAGAAAUUAGAAUCAGUAAUCUAAAGACUGAGCUGAGUCGACAGAAACUUCAUACCCAAGAGCUGCUUUCUCAGCUGGAAAUGGCAAAUGAAAAGGUAGCGGAGAAUGAAAAGUUAAUUCUAGAGCAUCAAGAAAAAUCCAGCAGACUUCAGAAGCGACUAAGUGAGGCAGAACAGAGAGCUGCUUCGGCCUCCCAGCAGCUCAGUGUGAUUACAGUGCAGAGAAGAAAAGCAGCCUCCAUGAUGAAUCUGGAAAAUAUUUAAAAAUAUUCAUAGUUCACUCACAGAACUUUAGACUCGGGAAAGCUAUUGGACUAGAAGUGUAUUAAAAUGGUAAAACCUGCAUAGAAUGGUUAAGGCUUGUGUCAUUUUGCAUAAGCAUUUUCCAUUCUGUUUUGAGGGUUAUUGGAAAACAGAACAGUGAUGGCUUCCUGUAAGUAAAGAUAAUCCUAUAUUGAGCUUCAGUAGAGAAUAAAGCCAGCUGGGAAGAACUCAUUGCCUUCAUCAACGUGUCUAUUUUUCAAUUCCUCCUUUUUCCCUUGCAAGAGCGUAAUAAUUUUCAAACUAUGCUAAUCAUGAGAAAGUUUUAAGGAAAUGCUAGAAUUUUAGUAUUUCAGGUUCCAGGAUUUGAGAAUUUUACAUCUGUUACCCGUAACUCAUUUUUAAAGUUCCCAAGUAUUCAUUUUAUUAUGAACUCACAUGUAAUAAAUUAUGCACUUUCUGAAAUGAUGCUGUCAUGUAUUUUAAUGUAUAAUUGCAGUGAUUCAUUUUUACCUUACACUAUUUUUGGUAUUUAUCAAAUAUUGAUAUUUAAGAAUUUGGGAAGGUUUUCAUUUGUUUGGGGUUUUGGGUUUUGGGGGUUUUGUUUUGUUUUUGCUGCUACCCAAAGCAGUAUUAAUCAAAUGGAAUAUUAAGUUCUGAGACUGUGUGGGCAUUGAACUAUUACAGUCCUAUUGAUUUUCAUAGAUCCAUGUAGUUAGUUACUCUCUGCUCCUGGUUUGAACAGGGUGUACCCUGCUUUCUGGUGAUUAGAGUACAUGGGUUUGCAUCUGGACAAGUUAGGAGACCAUUGCAGUACUCCAGAUAAAAAAUAAUGAGUUUGAGGUGACUUGAAAAUAUGCAUGUGUAACUAUCCAACCAGCAGUCAGAAGUUUAGGACUGGUGCCAACAAGUUGAGAUGGUCAUGGGGUCUUCGUCAUGGAGCCAUGGAGUGUAGGGGCCUGCCUCAGGGCCUUAUGUGACAUGCUAACUACCCCUUCCCCUCCAUUUCUCGCGCUGUAUCCCUGAUCAUGGCCUUCUUUAUCUUCCAUCAUUACGUCAUCCUCCCUCCCCACACAGGGUCUCUGCACGUACUUUGCCAUUUGCACAUUCUUCAGAUCACUACUCAGACACCACUGCCUCAUAGAGCCUUCCCUACCCUCCAGACUGGGUUAGGUCCCCGUGUUGUAUUGCUCUUAAUAUAUUCUGUAUUUUUUCCUGUUUAGCACUUACCAAAAUUUGUAAUUAACUCUUUUUGAAAUUUUUUUCUUUAAUGUCAUCUCCUCCCCAACAGACUGCAAGCUCCUUGAGAGCAGGACUCAUGUCUGCUGUCAUCAUCGUUGUAUUCUUAGCACUCAGCACGGUUCCUGGGACGUAGAAGGUAUUCAAAACUGUUCAAAAACUGAAAAAGAGUCUUUAAGGACAGGACCUUAGAAAAUGUCUUUGUUGGUUGAAUGAGCUCAGGAAGAAGAGUCCUUGGGGAGGAGACUGAACGGGGCAGUGAGAGAGGCUGGUAACCAAAAGAAUCCAAUACAAAAAAAAAAAACUAAAGGAUGGAUGAAAUCUGAUCUUAUAGGCAGAGGAAAUGGUUGCUAGUGUCAAAUGCAAUGAUGAGACCAAAUAAUACAGAUCUGACAGUUAAAUGGCAGGUAGGCGCUUAGCUUAGUUCCGUUUCUUAAAGAAUUUUUCAUUUGAUUCUCUAAAUUCCUCCUGUGUCAUUCACCCAUUGAUUUCCAUGUAAUAACACUUAUGUUCAUGUUGAUAUUUAUAGACUAUAGUGUUUAUUUUUUUAACUUUUAAUUAGAGAAAAUGUUAGAAUUAUAUCUGACAAAAAAUGAAACUGUAGGAGAAAGCACUUCAGAAACUAACAUUUGUAGACAAACGGAAUAUAAGUAUUAUUAUCCUUUUUUAAAAAGAAAAUCUAACUUUCCAGACUUAUUUCUUCAAGGUAAAAUCUUUCAGCAUAAGCACUUUCUCCAGACUUUGGCCAGAGGCAGCUACUCUUUACAUUUUAAUGCUAAUAACCCCCCCUCCAGUUGGCUAUCUUUCUUGAAUACUUAGGUAUUCUCCAAGAAAAGGGUAAACUACUAAAAUGCAGAUAAUAGGUCUUUCUGACCUCUGUUCAGUUUGAACAGAUUUAAGCUAUGUUUAGCAACAGAACUGAACACACAUAGUUAUUUUUCUUCCAAAAACGUUUGUUAGCUAUUGAUCUCUAAUGUAAAAAUGUAGUAGAGUUUUUAACAUUCUUCAUAUCGGUCAGCCUGGACUUCAUUUACACAGACAGUAAGUGUCAGUUGCUCUGUGAACUUCAUUUUAGGAGACAGGGGAAAUGAAUAGGAAAUAGAGAGAAGAAAUGAUAUAAAUCUGAAAUUGGGGGUAACAUAGCUAGUUCAUUUUAUUUAUUCAUGUUUCUUUAUCGUGUCUCCCUGAGGAAGAAAAGAGAUAUGAUUACCUCUUCCUCACUUUGUAUACAAAUAUGCAAAUUGGGGCAUCCAGCAAUCUUCUAAUUUCUCCUCUGGUGUGAGAACUAUGGGAGAACAUUAGUAACAAUUCAGUCAUUCGUUUAUUCAGCAAAUAUGAAUAUUUCAUAGCUGCACAGUCUGCCAAGCCAAGUCUCAGACAAACCAAGGAGGAGUGAAAAAACACUUUUAAACAUUUGAUUAUAAAUUCUGUUCUUUAACCAUAACGUUUUAUCAAUUUUUCCAAAAUAAAUCUGUAAUGAGCUUUUCUAUAAAUAUUUUAAUCAAAAAUAAUGACAUUAUUUAGCUUACUUAAAAAUGCAUACAUGCAUAUAGAUAUGUAUACAAAGAGGAGAGGGACACUGCCACACCCUAGUGUUGCCUGUGAAAUCUGUCCCCUACCAGUUCUUUUUUUUUUUUUUUUGGCUGCUCUGCAGGGCUUAUGAGAUCUCAGUUCCCUGACCAGAGCUCGAAUCUGUGCCCCCUGCAGUGGAAGCGUGUAGUCUUAACCACUGGACCACCAGGGAAGUCCCCCCUACCAGCUCUUAAAGCUUAAAAAAAUGUAUGGCUUUUGUGACAAUAUUAAUAUUCUUAGUAUUUAUAUAAGGAAGAAGUAAAUAUGUAUAUACUCAAAUAACAAAAAUUAUAGGAAGGAAAGGCAUUUUUAGAGUAAUUUUUUUACAACACUGGCACCCACCCAACUAUCAAGAAAAAAAUCUACACUAAGUAAGUGGUCCUCUAGCCCAAGGGUUCACCACAAAAGUUGACAUGUGCCCCACAUUCCUGUAGACACUCCCAACACGCUAGCUCUAACCCCGGUCUUAUUUCUUCCACUCAAAAAGUGUAUUGGAAUGUAAGCAAAGGAGUAAAACAUUAUCGAGAUAACUUUGAAUUUGCUCCAGUUUAUUCCUUUUUAAGUACACAUUCUUAAAGUUCACUCCUUUAUUUUUAGUAACAAAUUAGCAGUGUUACUGUGCACAGAUUUCGAAGUUCACUGGGGCAGGGCGGGCAGCCCCCUCUCCCUUGAGGUGGCCCAGUCCACUCUGCAACAGCCUUGACCACUAGAAAGUUCUUGCUGAUACUGAACUGAAAUAUGUCUCCUGCCUUACUUCUACCUUGGGCAAGAGUAAGUCUAAAGCAUCUUCCACGUGGCAGAUCUUCAGCCUUUUGAAAAUAGUUAUGCUCUCCCUGCACUGAGUGUAUAAGCAUCUCCAUUUCCUCAGAGGACUUGGUUUUGAGGCCUUGCGCCAGCCAGUCACUGGUCUCUGAAAACGUACAUCCUCCUCACUCAUCCAGUGGGUAUUUGCAAGCACCUUACUUUACACCAGGUAUGCUUGGGAUGCAUCAGUCUCAUGCCCAGAGCAAACGUUAUAUUCAAAGUAUAAAUUAUUUUUUUUAAUUUUAAUAAUAUAUUUUAUCAACUUAGAACAUUAUCAUCUCAAAAUGUAAUCAAUGUUAAAAUUAAUAAGUCAAGGUAUAAACUAUUAAUUCCCAUGUUCUGGAUCAUGACUGAGAGCUGUGAGGAGAGGGUAAGUGAUACCUGCCCAGGUGUGCAUGUAGCCGGUCGGGGGACAGCUUAUUAGAAUCUCCAGGGGACGGGUGUGGCUUCACAGUACAUACCUUUCCCCUACCCCUCACCCCAAGAAGAGUGCCAUAUUCUCUUACGGAAGCCUGCUUUGAGAGUUACUGUAGUUAGUGAUUCAGGAAAAUGUUCAUAUAAUUUUCUCAUUAGAAUUUAGGAUGAGAAAAAAAUAAAAAUUACUGUUCUAGACUCUACACCUUCCUUUUAUGCAGCUUAAAAUCCUGUUAGCCUUUUUGGAAGCUGAAUCACACUGUUGGACAGACAUUGAGCGUAUUGUUGACUGAAAUCGUAAGUUUUUUCCAAAGGUUUUGUUGCUAAGCCAGACCUUUGCCCCAGAAGCCGGUCAUUUAUCCCUUUUAAAUUUCCUUAUGUUAGUACAGCGUGCUUAGGUCGUUUUACCUUCUAAUUCUGUCAUCCAGUUUGUUACCUAUAAGCAUAGGAACUGUUUAAUUUUUAAUGCUGUUAUUUUUUUAAGCUCUUUAUAGGAAUAUAAUUGCUUUACAUUCUUGUACCAGUUUUGAGGUACACCAAUCAGCUGUAUUUAUACAUAUAUCCCCAUAUCCUGUCCCUCCCGUGACUCCCCCCCACCCUCCCUGUCCCGGCCCUCUAAGGCAUCACCCAUCAUCCAGUUGAUCUCCCUUUGUUAUACAGCACCUUCACACUAGCUAUCUAUUUUACAGUUGGUAGUAUGUAUGUGUGUAUGCUACUCUCUCACUUCGUCCCAGAUUCCCCUUCACUCACCUCCUCCUCCAACCCCGUGUCCUCCAGUCCAUUCUCUGCAUCUGCAUUCUUAUUCUUGCCCUGUCACUGGGUUCAUCAGUACCAUUUUUUUGGGGGGGGGGGGGCGCGGAUUCCGUAUAUGUAAGUUAGCGUACAGUAUUUGUUUUACUCUUUCUGGCUUACCUCACUCUGUAUGACAGCCUCUAGGUCUAUCCACCUCAUUACAUAUAGCUCCAUGUCAUUCCUUUUUAUGGCUGAGUAAUAUUUCAUUGUAUAUAUGUGCCACAUCUUCUUUAUCCAUUCAUCUGUUGAUGGGCAUUUAGGUUGCUUCCAUGUCCUGACUAUUGUAAAUAGUGCUGCAAUGAACAUUAUGGUACAUGUUUCUUUUUAGAUUAUGGUUUUCUCUGGGUAUAUGCCCGGUAGUGGGAUUAUUGGAUCAUAUGGUAGUUCUAUUUUUAGUUUUGUAAGGAACCUCCAAACUGUUUUCCAUAGUGGCUGUACCAACUUACACUCCCACCAGCAGUUAAUGCUACUAUAUUUCUUGCAUCCAUGACAAUUUUUUAUUUACAGUGAAUUCUGUCUACAGCUUUGAUAAACAUGCCACCCAUAUUUUCAUGAAGAUCACUGGAAAAAUGAGAACUAGACUGAUCUGAGUACAGUCAGUCUCUUAGGGCAUACCAACCACCACUUCCCAUGAUAGGUAAUAAACAGGACCCGUGAGGUAUGGUCAACCUGUUUUUAAUCUAGCCCAUAUUGCUGCUUCUACACUAUCAUAAAAACAUCAAGAAAGACCUAGGCUUCUGCCUGAGAAAGUUCAUUUAUGGCACAACCAUCAUACUUCCCAGACCUAAUCUAGUAAUCCUGUCUGAGAAGACAAGUUAGAUGGAUUUCUUCUUAGUAAAUCUGUGUAGCAUCCUAAUAAUCACUGCUUGUUCCUUUUAUGUUUAUUUAAAACCUUUAAGCCCUUUAGUGUGGCAUCAUGGAAGCUCUCAGUCACUGUUUAUCCUUUUUUUCAAAGAAUAAAAAAGCCAUGAGAUCAUAAUAUGAUGUAUAAGGAAAUGUUGGCACUUAGAUCUGUGAAGAUUAAAAAUAUGAGACUAGGAUUUCCUUUCAUAUAGACUGUGGUCUAGGGGAUAAAGGAGAAUGAGAGUAGUUAUAGUCAUGUUUCUACAAAUAAGCAGAAGAAUCCAUUGGAUCCGUUGGAGAAUCUUUCCCUGAAUGUACAAUAACCAUGCUGAUCCAUAUUAAUAAUGUCUGUUUAUCGAGCACGUACCAUGUGCAAGGCAUUGUGCUAGCAUUUUUGCAGUUAUUAUCUCAUAUAAUCCAACAUCCCUGCUACAUAGGUGUUGCUGCAAGGUAGGUGUUGUCAUUCCUUUUCCAAAGAUAUAAGGUGUCAUAGAAGUUAAACAUCUGGCCCAGGGUCACAUAGGUGGAAGGUGGCACUGCAGGCUUUCGAACCAGGUCUCCCCAACACCAGAUUCCUUCUGCUACCUAUGUUGCAGCCUUAGAGUCUGCAGAAUUCGUGCUUUUGACAUCUCUUCCCUUUGCUGACAGUGACUGAGCAGUCGCCCUCUACAGGUUCUCUGAGUGCCCCAAAGUUUAAUUCCUCUGGGUCACAAGGCUUGAACUCACUGUAAACAGCUUGGCAUUCCCAUACAAGUGCUUCAUCCUAGACUGCAGGUAACUCUACUAGUGUCCAUUCUUCCCUUUUCAUUUCAAGGAUCUUGAUAGAAAAUACAAACGCAGAAUAGGUUUUAAAAAUUUAUGCUUUCACUUUUUCAUUCAUGAACCUUAUUAUAAUGAGUCAGCUGUGACCAAGUCUUUCUUUGCCUUUUCUGACUCUGACUCUAACCCAAAAAGCCCUUUUGCUUAUCAAAUUAUAUGCAUUACAUAGAAGACUUCCUAAGAAAAGCAUCUUCAUAUCUAGUGGGAUUUGGGUACUUUUUCAAAUAUUGAAAAGAAAUUGGUAGUAACCUAAAAAGUCAGGUAACUUUAGUAAAAAAUAUAGAUCAAAGCAAAGGAAGUUAUAUAAAUUAGUGGGUUACCUCCUUUUAAAGUUUUCCAGUUUUCUUUUUUUUUUUUUUUGCUUGCCUUAUAAAGCUUUGUUUUUUAAAAUUGAAGUAUAGUCGAUGUGUACAAUAUUACAUGUUACAAGUGUACCGUUUAGUGAUUGACGUUUAAAGGUUAUACUCCAUUUAUAGUUAGUACAAGAUAUUGGCUAUAUGCCCCAUGUUGUACAGUGUAUCCUCGCAGCCUAUUUUAUGUGUAAUAGUUUGUACCUCCUAAUCCUCUGUGCCUAUAUUGCCCCUCUUCCCUCUCCCCACUGGUAACCACUAGUUAAUUCUCUAUCAGUAAGUCUUUGUUAUAUUCACCAGUGUGUUGUAUUUUUAGAUUCCCUAUAUAAGUGAUAUCAUACAGUAUUUGUCUUUCUCUGUCUGACUUACUUCACUUGGCAUAAUUCCCCCCAAGUCUAUACCUGUUGUUGCAAAUGGCAAAAUUUCAUUCUUUUUUAUGGCUGAAUAGUAUUCCAUUGUGUGUGUGUGUGUGUGUGUCCACACCCAUCUUCUUUAUCCAUUCAUCUGUUGAUGGACAUUUACGCAUGUCUUGCCUAUUGUAAAUGCUGCUGUGAACAUUGGGGUGCAUGUGUCUUUUUGAAUUAGUUUUCAUCUUUUCCAGACAUAUGCCCAGAAGUGGAAUUGCUAGAUCAUAUGCAACUCUAUUUGUAGUAUUUUAAGGAACCUCCAAACUGUUUUCCACACUAUGGAUUUACGUUCCGACCAAUAGUGGGAAUUCGCAUUCCCACCAGCCACAUCCUUGCCAACGUUUGUUAUUUGUGUUCUUUCUGACGGUAGCCAUUCUGACAGGUGUGGGGUGAUAUCUCGUGAUUUUGAUUUGAACUUCCCUGAUGAUUAGAAUGUUGAACAUCUUUUCCUGUGCUUGUCGGUCGUCUGCAUUUCCUCCUUGGAAAAAUGUCUUUUUCAGGUCUUCUGCCCAUUUUUCAAUCGUUGUUUGUUUUUCUGAUGUUGAGUUAUAUGAACUGUUUAUAUGUUUUGGAUAUUAACCCCUUAUCGGCCAUAUCAUUUGCAAAUGUUUUCUGUCAUUCAGUAAGUUGUCUUUUCAUUUUGUUUAUGGUUUCCUUUGCUAUGCAAAAACUUUUAAGGUUAAUUAGGUCCUAUUUGUUUAUUGUUGGCUUUGUUUCCUUUCCUUUAGGAGACAGAUCCAAAAAAAAUUGACGGAUUUCUUUAAUAGGUGGUGACAGUUUCACCAAAAAAAUAUUUACCAAAUAUGUACCAAAAAAUAAUGUUAAAGUUUUUAGCAAUUAUAAACUGGUUGACACAAUAUUAUAUGAUUUUCCUGUGUCAAAAUAAGCGUGGUAUUUUAAAGCAAGGCGUUUGAAAGGUAUUUAUUCACUUUUGAGUAUUUGGGACUAUUUGAGGCAAAGAUAUGACCACAGCAUUUGAUACGAAAAAGAGAAGCUCAAACAAUUCAAAGCUGGAGCAGAGCCAAAGUCAGCAAGAAAAGAAGGGAGGCACCUUUGAGGCUGCUACGUGGAGGAGGGAAACUCCAGAGAAAAAGAUUUGCUUCAUGAAGAAAUUGUCUCACACUGAUAAUAAUCCGGAAGUUAGAACCACCAGCCAGAUGAAUAGUCAAAGGUCUAUUCUGCCCCAGACUGGAGCACAUCAUCUAAUGCAGUUCUGAACACUGAAGGGAAAUCAUGUUGAAGAUAUCAACCUUGAAGUUAGUUGCGAAGUUUGCUGCAGAUGGCGAAUGUUUCAAAGCAUAACUUGGAACGUUUGAAAGCUUUUCAACCUAAAUGUGGGGAAAAAACAGGUAAGGCAUUAUUUUUGCACAAAACUAGCAUUCCUAAUAGUGCAAAUGAAACUGGUACCUCUUAUAAUGGUGAGAGGUCAU